UGCCUGUCCCCCGCCUUUGCCCCGCCUGUCCCCGGUGCCUCCCGCCUGCCGCACCCCGUGCGCGGGCGCCGCCGGGCCCCGCCCGCUCCCAGCCCCGUGCCCCGGGCGGCCCGGCGGGCAUGGAGCGGCUGCAGGUGGACGCGCGGGCCCUGGAGGAGUACGCGGAGUACCGGCGAAUUGUAGGUGAUGAUGAUGGAGGAAACCUCUUUACUCCUGAGGAAUAUGAAGAAUACAAAAGAAAAGUAUUACCAGCUCGGCUACAGAACAGAUUGUAUGUGAGCUGGAGAUCACCAACUGGCAUGGACUGUAAGCUUGUGGGGCCAGAGACACUGUGCUUUUGCACUCACCGGUAUAAACAACACAGAACAGACCACGAGGUGCUUCCCAAGGAGCGCCCUAUCAGUUUGCCCUGCAGAGUGAAGCGCUGCCCGUGCCAGUCCUACCAGUUCGUGCCCCUGAACGGCGCCCAGCCCGUCCGCUGCCGCUGCAAGCACCUGGCGGAGCAGCACAGCGCAGCGCCGGGCUUCCCCUGCAACUCCUGUUCCAAGUGUUCAGGCUUUCAUAGCUGCUUUACCUGUGCAUGUGGUCAGCCAGCAUAUGCUCAUGAAACAGUUGUGGAAACGAAAGAGGAGCGCUUAGCCCAAGGAAAGCCUGUGGGACAGGAUGUUCCUUACGCUGCUAUGGGAGGACUGACUGGUUUUAGCUCACUAGCAGAAGGCUACAUGAGGCUUGAUGACAGUGGAAUAGGUGCUCCUUCUGCUGAACUUUUAGAAGCCCCCAUUACUAGCAUGGAUCAUCCAUUUCUAAAAGCAUUUCAGGGGCCUUCGAGUUCCACUCAAACCAUGCCACAAAUAGCAGGUAGUUCAAGUGCCACAGGGCAAGUUUCUCAUGGAAAACAAUCAGAAGCUGAUGACAUGGCUUACUUUGAAAAACGCUAUCAAGAACGGCUGAAAAUGGAGAAAGCUGCUAAACAGAAAGAGAGGAAUCCAGUGCCAUCAAAGAAGCCAUGAGAUUAAUAAAUAAAUAUUUGUUAUUUGGCACAUUGUUAAUUAUUGCAUUGAGUAUUUUCUUCUGUGCCUACCCACAUACCUGUAUUUAUUAAUUUAUUUUUAUGUUUUGUUCCUUUGCUGAAAUUAAUUUUUAAUUAUCUCAUUGUAAUAAUAUUGGUCCUUUAAUCAAUGUGUUUCUAAUUUACAGGACUGUUACACAGAUAUUUCUUUGAAAAUGAAGAAACAUAUUUAGAGAGUUGCAGUCUGGGGCUUUAAGCUCUGAGAGUUAAAGGUUGGAGAGAAUAACCUUGUAUUUAAAUAUUAGAUUGUAGGAAGGCAAAUAAAAGAUAUGUCUUAGA